ACCACACACUAUUGUGUGGGGGUUUUGUAAUACAAAGAUUGUUUUUUUUAUGCACAACCCCCUCAUGCUUCUAGUUUUUGUGUCUUUGCUGCAGGGUGGAAGUUGAGGGGGUGCUGCAUGCUGUGACAGUUGGGCAGGGAACACAUGUGGGAUGAGAUUGGCACUCAUGGGGAGCUGGGAAGCACUGUGGCACUUGCAUAUUUGCCAGAUUUCUGGGAAAAAAAUAUCAUUAGUUAAGCAAUACUGAUAUUUAAGCAUUCCUCUUCAUUUUAUAGCCCUACUGAUAGGGCCUCUGUGUCAAGCUGUCAGCUGCUGGAGGAAGCUAAGGCAUAAUUUUUAAUGUUUUUUCAGCCAUCAAGGUGGCAAAGGCAAAAAUAUGAUUUUCUAAGACACUAUCAGGUGCACUCUGCAGAGAAUAGGUGGGUUAAGGGUAGGCAGUAGCACAGAAUCUCUGGAGUCUUGAUUACAGCUUCUGUGGGACAGACUUUUGUCUAUAUUUAAAUUUUAGUAAGGCUAGUGGCUAAAAAGAAAUUUCUGACAGAAUUUUGGAGCAAACACAUCUGGUGCUGGGGUGCACAGUCACUCUUGCCAUCUUACCCUGAUCACACUGAGCUGAGCUGGGGUCCCAGCUGAUAUCACUGCAUGCAUUUAUCUCUCCUUAACCCUACUCCUUUCCCUGAAAAAGCCAGCUCAGAAAAAAAAGAUCUGUUGCUGAAGGAUAUGAGGUACUUCAGCUCUUUUCCAAGACAUCAAAGCAGGCUCCAGCAAUCCAGUUAAUGGCAGCUAACAUGCUUUGUGUUAAUCUGUGCUUGAGCUGUGUGCUGGAUGCUGGCCAGGAUGUUCAGUCUGUCACAUAAUAAGAGAUUUUGUCAUGCUGUUCAUUUAUUCCUUUUUAUCACUCAAUUUGGAGACCGGCAUUGGUACAUGUUGUACUGGAGGGAUUUAUGUGCUCAAUGCCUUGGAGAGGUGUACUUGUUUGUCUUUUCUUGAAGGCAACAAGAUGAUAACUGACCUCCUUUCAGAAAGAUUAUGUCUCAAAUGUACCAAAUACCCAGCUGCUAAUAUACAAACUACUAUUGGGGAGAAUUUUUGUUUGGUCUGAUAGAAUUUCUUGGCUGCAGGAAACUUCUAUUAUUAAAACUUCUUUUGUUUCAAAACUUAACACAGAAAGCCAGCAUUUGUAUGUGGUUUAUUGAGAUGAAAUGGUAUAAUACAUGCACAUGGAAGAAAGCUGAACAUUGUGGCAUCAGUAUGAUAAUGUUGCAACAAGAAGUUGAUGUUGAAAUUAAUUUGUAAAUAUAUUUGAACUCAUUGAAAUGUUUUUCAUAAUAUAUUGAGAUAAAGUGGGCAAGUUCCUGCAAUACACUUCACUCUGGACAAACUAUUUCCUAUCAACAAAUCCACUUCAUUUUUUUAACCAGACUACUCGUAGUUCGGGGAGAGUUGCAAGCACUGCCUUAGCCCUGAGCUGUGGCUCUCGAUGUUAAUCAUAAAAUCAUCACAGAAUUACAGAUUGGGUUGAAAGAGACCUUACAGAUCAUCUAUUUCCAACCCCCUGCAUGGGCAGGGACAUGAUGGAGGUGAUUGAAUUGGUAGGAUUAACCCAUGGCUGAAUAUGGCAGUGUAUAAUUCCCCUACUUGGCUACAGUAUGAAAAUGAAAAGCCAACAUAAACUCUGCAAAAGCCGCUCUGGAAAUCCAGCAGGAAUUAUUCCUGUUUCAGCAGUGUAUUCAUCACUGCACGUGUGGUACCCUGGUCCCGAAAUGAUGCUCCCGCCCUCACCAUGGAGUCCUUGAGCGAAGCUCAGCGAAGAACAACAGAGAGCCUCCUUAAGAGAGAAGAAAGGGGAGGAGAAAGCGUCUCUCUUUGGGUAUAGCAACCCCACCUCCCGGUUAUUUCAUCUUCCUUACAAGGCUAAAGCCAGAAGCUUUCCUCUUCGCCUGGGUCCCUUAAAAGCAGGAGAGCAAACCCCAAGGAUCCCGGUGGAGCGCAGCCGGCGUGUGAGGCUGACAGAGACGGGGAAGGAAGCACAGCAGAGCAGGCUGGUGCUCUCCAGAAAAGUGUGACUGUUACCUAUGAAUCCUAAACCAUGUGUCCAGUGAUGCAGAUCUUCUAAAGAAACAUGAAACCAAACCCAAAAAGAAAUCACUGAGGGGGAAAAAGUGCAACAUGAGAGCUAAAAUGAAAAACUGGGCUGUGGAGAAGAGCUGCUGGGAGCUGUGACAGACCUCGAGGGCAGAGGAUUACUAGGUCUCCCACUGACAAAGAGCUUGUGUCCCAAGCCAAGGCUCUCUGCAGAGACUACAUAAAUUCGAGGCUGAUUCAGGCGGGUGUCAGCUGGAGCAAACCUGAGUACAAUGCCCCAGUGCCUGGGGGUAAGCUGGCUGAGGUGUCCACCAUACUGCUACGACUUGAUUUUUGUCUUUUCAACCCAAUCUUCUGUGGGUGGCCAGGAACAUGUUAAAGGGCAAGCAGGUGGCGCACUGGAUCUGAAGGCGUCUCCUGAAUUGUCCAGAUGGAAAGAUUUGGCUGAAAGUCCCAGGAACUUGGUGCCUUCUCUGAGCAAAUCUGGAGAGCACCAUGUGGUACCCAUGCAACCAGAAAGCACAAGGCCAGCUGCCAUCCAGCCACCUGCCAGGAAUGGGGAUGAGCUGGAGUACAUUCGCCCCAAUGUCUACCGGAAUAUCGCCCGCCAGCUGAACAUCUCGCUGCACUCAGAGACUGUGGUGUCAGACGCCUUCCUGGCAGUGGCUGCACAGAUCUUCACUGCAGGCAUAACGUGGGGCAAGGUGGUGUCCCUCUACGCCGUGGCAGCUGGGCUGGCGGUGGACUGCGUGCGGCACGCGCAGCCAGCCAUGGUUCACACCAUCGUUGACUGCCUGGGAGAGUUUGUCCGCAAGACCUUGGUGACAUGGCUGAAAAGGAGAGGAGGCUGGGCAGACAUCACAAAAUGUGUGGUGAAUACUGAUCCCAGCCUUCGCUCCCACUGGCUCGUGGCUGCUGUUUGCAGUUUUGGUCACUUCCUCAAGGCCAUCUUCUUCGUCCUGCUGCCUGAGAGAUGAGUCUGAGUUGUCAAGCACAGCUCCCUUGCCCCAUCUUCUCUCCCACUCCAGAAGCAACCAGAAGUAACUGGAGAAGUAAUUCCAGACUGGUAAUGAAAAUCUCUGAAGAGGAGGAAGAGAAGAACUGGGACAAAAAAAUAAAAAGGCUGCUCUCCCAUCAAGUGAGAGCAGAUGAUCAACCAUGGUCUCCUAUUUGCAGCCACACGAGCCUCUUUCACCAUUAAUCCUUCCAAGAAUCUUGUUUCCCUGGGUAACUUGCAUGUGUGGCCUAGAUGUAGCUGGUCCCUGGGCACGCUGAUGGCAGCUGUGUGCGGUGUGGGACUGUCAGAUGGCUGCUCCUUACGGCUGUGUUGCAUGCUUAUGCUAGCACCAGGCAGAGGGGAAGAGGAAGGGAAUAUUAUUUGAAAUGGGAUUAGAAAGUAGGAGAGGGGAAGAGUCCCUCCUUCACUCCAUGUGAUUUCCCUUUCAGUCCUCAGACUUGCCUUGUAUUGAUUCUUGUUGUCACAUUUGUGCUUAAACUUCAUCUCCUCCUUUAUCCCUAACUCACUUGCUGGGCUCUGCCCCAGCAGAGCAUGGUGGGUUUUUAACAAGAUAAAACCAAAUAAUCUGUCAACAGUUGAUUCUCCGUGACAUGUCUUGGAGAUUGGUCUGAGUAGCUGUGAGGGCCAGGAUGAGAGGGCAAAGUGUGUUUUGUUGACCCCUCUCACUGCACUCACCCAGUCAAACAGGAGAGCAAGGGGCAAUGUCUUCAAGCAACAACUUGAGAUGGAAUUUCAUCAUGAAAAAAACUGGUUUUUCCCCUGAGAUUCUGUCAGAGCUAAGCAUGUAAGUAGGAAAGGCUGGGGGGCACAGGCAUAAAUAGAGAAGCAGUAAGUGAACAAGCUGGCAUGGUAAAAGCAGUGAGCUGUGCUGAAAAUAGCUGAUGUAUGUUUCUCCUUUAAUCUCUUUCAAGUACAAUUCCUAGUCUUCUUUGUGGCAAACAAUAAAGGAAAAUAAGUGGUAUUUCACUACUGCAAA